AUGCCUGAUCCAGCUAAGCCGGCUCCUAAAAAGGGCUCUAAGAAAGCCGUGACAAAGACCGCCGGCAAGGGUGGCAAGAAGCGCAGAAAGAGCAGGAAGGAGAGCUAUGCCAUCUACGUGUACAAAGUAUUGAAGCAGGUCCAUCCUGAUACCGGCAUUUCUUCAAAGGCUAUGGGUAUCAUGAACUCCUUCGUGAACGACAUCUUCGAGCGCAUCGCUGGAGAAGCUUCCCGUUUGGCUCACUACAAUAAGCGUUCCACCAUCUCUUCCAGGGAGAUCCAGACUGCAGUGCGUCUGCUUCUGCCCGGUGAGCUGGCCAAGCACGCCGUGUCCGAGGGAACAAAGGCCGUCACCAAGUAUACCAGCUCCAAGUAACGCUGAAGGUUUUACUCGUCCCAAGAUCCAACGGCUCUUUUAAGAGCCACUCAACAUUCUCUUUGAAAGGCCUCAUUGACCUGAGCCCAUGCAAGUCAGAAAGGGGAGGAUUCUACUGGGGAAAGGUUCCAGUGCGGGGCUGGCAUAUGAGCAGAGGGGGAGUGAGGUGUUUGUGUGUGUGUUUUAAUGUA